UUACCUCUACUAAUUGUCAAUUCACUCUACCAUCAUAAUUCACACAACAUUUGUCAUGUUCAUUCCAUAUCCAACAAAUUGCAACACGCCAAGUGGCCUCUUGAUAUAGCAUCAUUAUUCCUUAACCUCCUAGAUUAAGGGGGCGCUAAUCCACAUCUAAUCACCAAUGUAGGAUCUUUCCAGAGACAAAUUCCAAGCCUUCUCUCCUCACCUUUAAUCUCAACCAAAACUUCACAAACAAGAACCACUACUGCCUUGACUCCUCCUGCAUGUCCACUUCAUAUUAGUGUAAAUCUGUUCAUGGAAUGUGUAUGAUCAUGCAAAUGUUGCAGGAAGCAUGAAACCGAAUCAAUCGAAACCGAAACCGAAAAUAUCCAGAUGCUUUCUGUUUUCUCUUCUUCUGUCUUUGUUUCUUCUGUUUCUUGUUUCUAUUCAGUAUCACAGGCAACCUGAAACUCUGUUAGCUUUUACUUCCACCAUUACAGGAUCACAAAAACAGAAUGCCACCAAUCCUGAUAUACGGAUCCGACCUGGAUACGCCUCGUAUGAUGCCUAUAUCCAGCGUCAGCUCAACAAGACACUCAACCCUAAGCUCAGGAAGAUAUGGACCACUCGUGACUGGAACCGCAAGAUUAACGUCUUCUCCAACUUCUUCUCUGAACUAAGAGAGAAGGGGUUCUUGUCCAACUCCACGAAGGCGCUCUGUGUAGGGGCUCGUGUCGGGCAAGAGGUUGAAGCUCUGAGACGGAUAGGAGUAAGCGACUCAAUUGGUAUCGAUUUAGUACCUUACCCGCCACUGGUUAUUCGGGGAGAUUUUCACAAGCAACCAUUUGAUGACCAGGUUUUCGACUUUGAAUUCUCCAAUGUGUUUGAUCAUGCCUUGUAUCCAGAUAAAUUUGUAGGGGAGAUCGAACGUACCUUAAAGCCAGGAGGGGUGUGCGUAUUACAUGUUGCAUUGUCUACACGGUCGGAUAAGUUCUCAGCUAAUGAUCUGUAUAGUAUUAAAGGGUUGAUAUCUUUGUUUCGGUCCUCAGAACUGGUUCAUACUCGGAAAGUAGACGGAUUUGGGUUGGAUACAGAGGCGGUUUUCAGGAAAAAGAAGCUGAAACAGAGCUCAUAA